GUUCUGUCCGUCGGUUUUCAUCUAUUUGGGUCUGGUGGUGCCCGCGAUAUGGCUGAUCGAGCUGCACAAGGUAGACCUUCGACUGCAGAAAAAGGCCAACCUCACUUACAUCGAAACGGAUAUUCCGCUGCCAGGCGCGAACAAGCUACAAACAGACACGUGGGUGACGCUUAUAGAACAGUUCCUCAUGCUGACGCUCAUAGUGGGCCGCUGGUUGCUGCCGAAAGGCGACUUAACGCGGGACCAGCUCAGUCAACUUCUACUUGUGUAUAUCGGUACCGCAGCUGACAUCAUAGAAUUCUUCGACUCGUUCAAAGAACCGAAGGUUGCGACCGAGAAGGUGCUAGUGCUUCUCACGCUAGCGAUAUGGUCUUGGUCCUUGAUGCAGUUCACCGUGGUCCUGACCGCGACCAAGUCCAGGAAGACCAGAGGCACGGCUAAUAGGUCUGACAUGAACGCGAGUCGCGCUUGCUGUUGUUCUAUCGAAGUCUGCGCCAUCAUUAUGAACAUUGCCUUACAAGACGCGCCCUUCCUCGCCUUUCGUCUUUUGAUCAUUGGGCACUAUAAAAUAAUAAACUACAUGAAUAUAUUCUUCACCUGCAAGAACACAUUGGUAAUACUGCUGCAGAUUUACAGACUCUAUGUAUUACAUUUAGAAUCUGUAGAAGAAGGAAACGGUUCCGUAUAUAGAAAGAGACGGACGCAUAAGUCGGACAAAAAAGACAAGGACAAGAAAAGAGCGCAUCAAAAGACAACGAAGCCCAAGAAGAGACAUGAAAUUGGGGAGACCUCAGUAUCCGUGAUCAGCGAUCCACGUCGACAGGACAGGGUAGAUGGCGGUCGGAUCCGAGCUAUUAUCCUGACCAACAACGACGAGAUUAAGGAGUUGGAGCUGACGAAACUCUUUAAGGACCAAAUAGGGUUUGAGAACGAAAAGAAAAAGGGGGCGAAGAAAAAACAUAAAUCGGAGUCAUCUGAAGAGUCACUUAACAACAUUCACCACACCACAGAUGACUCCGGUAUUUGA